UUGAAGUCGCUUGGGGUUGAAGGCGUCUUUAAUUCAACUCAAAAUAACAGUUGAAUUGUAAGGGCACCAAAGUAAUUAUACCUGGCGUCAUCCUCAUUCCCUCAGUGCUUCUCCCAUGGCGUGUUCCUCUGCGCCGCACCUGCGUUCUUUACCAUGGACCUCCACGGCGAGACCACUCUCUCCUCCCUUCACUCGCUCUAACAGCAAGCUCUCGUUGUUUUCCGACCACAUUAACCGUACGGUGGGCUGUCUCUCAAUAUCAGGUUCUAUCAGUCCCACUUGUGUAGAACAAAGCGACGCGGGAACCACGAAGAACACUUCUUCCGGGCUGCGCGAGCUAUGUCAGGGUCGCGUCCCCGAUCACGUGCUCCGCAGGGCGGAGGAGGUUGGAUAUAUUGUGCCAACGCACGUACAGCGUGAAGCGUUGCCGGUGUUGUUUUCUGGGCGGGACUGCGUGAUUCAUGCUCAGACAGGUUCAGGAAAGACAUUAGCAUACCUACUUCUGAUAUACUCAGUUGUCAAUGCACAAAGGUCAUCUGUGCAGGCCCUAAUUGUUGUUCCCACGAGAGAACUUGGCAUGCAGGUUACGAAAGUUGCACGUAUGCUGGCUGCAAAAUAUCCAGAACUUGACUCGGAGCAGAGGUCAUGUACAGUGAUGGCUCUUUUAGAUGGUGGAACAUUGAGAAGACAUAAGAGUUGGUUAAAGGUGGAACCCCCAGCUAUAGUAAUUGCUACUUUGAGGAGUCUCUGUCAAAUGCUUGACAAGCAAAUUCUUAAGUUGGACACCAUGCGUGUGUUGGUCAUUGAUGAGGUUGAUUUUAUGUUCAAUUCUUCCAGAGAAGUGAGUUCUUUAAGGAAGCUUUUGACUACCUACUCAUCAAUCAAUAACCGUCAAACUGUAUUUGCUAGUGCCUCAAUUCCUCAGCAUAGACGAUUUUUAUAUGACUGUAUUCAGCAGAAAUGGACCAAGGCUGACGUUGUCCAUGUCCAUGUAAAUCCAGUUGAGCCUAUGCCCUCAUGCUUAUAUCAUAGAUUUGUGGUAUGUGAUAAAAGAGAGAGGAAUUCAACACUCCUACAUUUGUUACAGUCAGAUGCACCUAAGUCGGCUAUAAUUUUUGUUGGAGAGCAAUCAGAGAAGUCAAAGAGAGCUGGAAAUGCUCCACCAACAACUGCCUUAUUUGAAUUUCUGAAAACUUCAUAUGGAGAAUGCUUGGAAUUAGUUCUGCUAGAGGAAGACAUGAAUAUCAACCAACGAGCGACAUCAUUAUCCGAUGUCAAGCAAUCAGGAGGUUAUCUUCUAGUUGCGACGGACAUAGCUGCUAGAGGGGUUGACCUGCCUGAGACAACUCAUAUAUAUAAUUUUGAUCUUCCAAGAGAUGCUAUCAAUUAUCUUCAUCGUGCUGGAAGAACAGGUAGGAAGCCGUUUUCAGACAGUAAAUGUUUUGUUACCAGCAUUAUAACGGCAGAAGAACGCUUUGUAUUGCAGAGAUUUGAAAAUGAAUUACUGUUUCAUUGUGAAGAAUUAUUCUUUUAAAUGCUGUUGUCUUCUUCCAAGUUGGAAAUAAGUCCACCUAAUCACUUUUUCGGUAUUUAGUUAUAGUUAUUGAUCUUGUUUCUCUCUGUUGGUUGUGCAUCUACUUCUUUCCAAAAAGAACA